AGAACCAGUUCUUGAGGCGGUCGAGAUUCACGUCUGGUUCUAUGGGAUUUCACUCAGCGGAUGACUUUUCUCUUGAGAAAAAGAGCAACCUCGAGUCUACGAUGAACUCCGACAAGCACCACACCAUGAUGCCGCAACGGCAAACCCAGGAACGAAAUGCAUUACCAUCGGCACCCGAUCUGGAAGCAAACAGACCUCUUCUUUCCCGCACAUCAACCCUCCAAGGUCCGGCAGAGAGCCAACAAGUGCCAGUCUUCUGGUCCGACAAGUACGCUCAGAUCUGCGGUUGCGGAUUCUGGUCAAAUUGGCGCAUCAGACUCGAUGCAAGAAUCGUAUCCGAUGCCAUUCUAGGUUUAUCGGACGGCCUCACAGUACCCUUUGCCCUGACAGCAGGGUUGACUGCGCUUGGAGACACCAGGGUAGUGAUCCUGGGAGGAUUGGCAGAAUUGGUCGCGGGAGCCAUAUCCAUGGGACUCGGCGGAUAUGUGGGAGCCAAAAGUGAAGUGGAGUCAUACAAUGCCACGGAUCGGAGUUGCAACCAAUUGAUCACGCAUGACCCCGACACUGCCAGAGACUAUGUGCAGGAGUACUUUCAGCAAUUCGGGUUGUCCGAAGAAGAGACGAUACGGGUGGCCAACCAUAUCAAAGCAUCGACACCCAUGUUCAAAGGAUUUCUCAUGCAGAAUCAUUUUCAUGCGGCGAGGCCCGAUACAGGACGACCCUACCUCUCCGCACUGACUCUGGGCAUCAGUUACUUUGUCGGCGGCUUCCUCCCGUUGAUACCAUAUUUCAUAGUGCCCAGAGACGAUGUUCUAGGCGGUCUGUGGUGGAGUAUAGGACUUAUGGGGGUGGUUCUGCUGGUUUUCGGAUAUGUGAAGACGGGAGUGAUUCGGGGCUGGACAGGCAAAGAGAACUACCGAGCAUGCACUGGCGGAGCAUUGCAAAUGUUCGUGGUGGGAGUCAUUGCUGCAGGUGCUGCUGUGGGAUUGGUAAGGUUGGUCAACCCGGGUUGAAAAGGUCGGCGAAGGGAAAAGUCAAUCCUCUAUCGAGGGUCUGCUUCCAGAACAAUGCCCGUUGUGCGUAGGCUGUAUACUGGUCACACUUGUUCAGCACAGAUGGCGGACGUAUUCUGACAGGCGAACAUCGCAGCUACUAUGUCAGCAUGCAUGAAUACCUGGCUCGUGCUAUCGGGUCCGAUUGUGAAAGGAAUAGUGGAAAAGCCCAAGAGGUUGCAUGGACCUCUGUCCAGUAGUGUCCAUGAUGGCCGAUUGGUGGGAAGGCACAGGGCACAGGUCGAACGGCGAAGCACAGAUCAAGAG